GUCAUGGGGUUGUUCGCAUAGCACCAGCGACUCUGAGUACAUGAGCGGAAUUUUGGCUUGCGCUGGCUAUGACGUCAAAACCAGCGCAGAGGAUGCUGACCUGUGGUUGUUAAACAGCUGUACCGUGAAAACUCCGUCUGAAGACCAGCUCAGAAACGAGGUACUAAGGGCGAAGCAACUCAGCAAGCUUGUCGUUGUUUCUGGCUGUGUGCCCCAGGCUGCACCGGCUACCGACUGGUUGAAUGAACUGUCUGUUGUUGGCGUCCACCAGAUCGAUCGAGUUGUGGAGGUCGUAGAAGAAACGCUAAAAGGCAAUGUUAUGAAGAUUUUUGGAAAUAAAAAAUUAAAAAGCGGCCAACGGCUUCCUGGCGCCUCCCUAGCGUUACCGAAAAUUAGACGCAACCCUCUAAUUGAAAUCUUAGCCAUAAGUACUGGGUAAGU